AACACGAACAGCGAAAAAACACAAGUCGGCAACCAAUGGCAAGCCACCCCAUUUUUGCUACCCCACAACCCCAGAAGCUGUCCCCAGAAAGUUUGCCCCUCAACCCCUCAGUUGAAUUGACAAAACCUUGGGCGGCCGUUAUCGGAACAAGUCGCCGUGGAUAAGGUAGAGCUGCAGGUUGUAACACACGGCAAGUGAGUCAACUGAUUUGUUUUCUCAAGCUUCAACUUUUUGUCUUGUUUUAGCAACUGGGGGAGAACUCUGAACACUUCACAAGAGUUACCACGGAAAAGAUCAAGAUGGCUUCUCAACACAAGGUUCUCAUGCUCGGCGCCGGGUUCGUCACCCGCCCGACUCUUGACGUCCUCAGCCAGGCCGGCAUCCCCGUGACCGUCGCCUGCCGCACUCUGGCCACAGCUCAAUCCCUCUCCUCGGGCGUCCCCAACGCCACCCCCAUCUCCCUCGACGUCUCGGACCCCACGGCCCUCGACGCCGAAGUCGCCAAGCACGACCUCGUCAUCUCCCUGAUUCCUUACACCUUCCACGCCACCGUCAUCAAGUCGGCCAUCCGCAACAAGAAGAAUGUCGUCACCACCUCGUAUGUCUCCCCCGCCAUGAUGGAGCUCGACGCCGAGGCCAAGGCGGCGGGUAUCACUGUCAUGAACGAGAUUGGUCUCGAUCCCGGCAUUGAUCAUUUGUACGCCAUCAAGACUAUUGAUGAAGUUCACAAGGCCGGCGGCAAGAUUUUGAGCUUCUUGAGCUACUGCGGUGGUCUCCCUGCGCCGGAGGACAGUGAUAACCCGUUGGGGUACAAGUUCUCUUGGUCGUCGAGGGGUGUGCUGCUGGCGCUGAGGAACACGGGCAAGUGGUGGCAGGACGGGGAGGUGGUGGAGGUGCAGGGGAAGGAUUUGAUGAAGACGGCCAAGCCGUAUUUUAUCUAUCCGGGUUUCGCGUUUGUGGCUUAUCCCAACAGGGACAGCACUAUUUAUAAGGAGAGGUACAACAUUCCCGAGGCGCAGACGGUGGUGAGAGGGACGUUGAGGUACCAGGGUUUCCCUCAGUUCAUCAAGGUGUUGGUGGACAUUGGGUUUUUGGAGGAGACCCCGCUUGAUAUCCUGAGCAGGCCUGUUUCUUGGAAGGAGGCCACGCAGGCUGUCAUUGGGGCGCCGUCUACGUCUGCUGAGGAUUUGGAGAAGACCAUUCUUGCCAAGGCGAGCUUUGAGAGUGAGGAGGACAAGAAGAGGAUUGUGAGCGGGUUGAAGUGGAUCGGGCUGUUUUCUGAUGAGGCUAUCACUCCCAAGGGCAACCCGUUGGAUACGCUUUGCGCGACGUUGGAGAAGAAGAUGCAGUAUGAGGAGAAGGAGAGGGAUCUGGUGAUGCUGCAGCACAAGUUUGAGAUUGAGCAUGCGGAUGGGAGCAGGGAGACGAGGACGAGCACGCUGUGCGAGUAUGGUGUUGUUGGGGGGUACUCCGCGAUGGCGAAGACGGUGGGUGUGCCCUGCGCGGUGGCGGUGAAGCAGGUGUUGGAGGGGAAGAUUAGCCAGAAGGGGGUGUUGGCGCCGAUGAGCUGGGAGAUUUGCGAGCCGUUGAUGAGGGAGUUGGAGGUGAAGUAUGGGAUUACUAUGGUUGAGAAGACUAUUUCUUAGACAUGAGGUUGAAAAAAGAAGUGAAAACCGAAAAUGAGAUACAGGUAGAAAGGGAACAGAAAAAAAGUGGUAGCAAUGUUUAUAGACGGACGAUGAAUGAUGAUUUCAUUCGAUGAUGCAUGAG